AUGGGUACAAUAGCCGCUGCACCAUGGGGAUCUGCGCUUAUCUUGCCAAUAUCUUAUUCUUACAUUGCCAUGAUGGGAUCUGGUGGACUCACUGAUGCCUCCAAGAUUGCAAUUUUGAAUGCCAAUUACAUGGCAAAGCGUCUAGAGAAACACUACCCAGUUCUUUUCCGUGGUGCUAAUGGAACAGUAGCACACGAAUUCAUCAUAGACUUGAGAGGCUUCAAG